AUGGCCGAAUCAAUAUCCAGGAACAAUGGAACCACAACUAACAAUGGAACUCCCCCAAAGAAGAUACUCAUCAAUGCAUUCGACAUGAGUACAGUCGGCCACCUCUCGCCCGGCCAAUGGAAGAACCCAAAAGACAAGUCCGCCACCAAGCGCAAGCUCGACUACUGGAUAGAUCUAGCCAAGCUUCUCGAGCGCGGCGGAAUCAACGCCCUCUUCCUCGCCGACACAUACGGCGGAUACGACACCUACGAGGACUCGCUCGACAACUGCAUCCGGCGAGCCGCGCAAUGGCCCAUGACGGAUCCCACGAUCCCGAUAUCCGCCAUGGCCGCCGUGACCAAGAACCUCGCGUUCGCCAUCACAGCGAGCACGAGCUUCGAGCCACCGUUCUUGCUCGCGAAGAGGUUCAGUACGCUGGACCAUCUGACGGGGGGCCGGUUUGGCUGGAACAUUGUGACGAGCUGGAAGAAGGCGGCGUUCAAGGCGAUUGGGUUGGACCAUCCUAUUGAACACGACGAGCGGUAUGCGCAGGCGGAUGAGUAUCUACGCGUGCUUUACAAGCUAUGGGAAGGCAGUUGGGCCAACGAGGCCAUCAGCGAGAGCAAAGAAGAAGACGAGUACAUUGAUCCGGAUCGUGUCAGGACCAUCAAGCACAAAGGGCAAUUCUUCCAUCUUGAGAGCAGACACAUCGUUGAUCCCUCGCCCCAACGUACGCCCUUUCUGUUCCAAGCCGGCACUUCCUCGGCGGGCAGCGAGUUCGCUGCAAACCACGCUGAAGCCAUCUUUGUGUCGUCUCACUCGCCAGUCGUGCUGAAGCCCAAGAUUACAAAGAUCCGCGAACUAGCCAAGGAGAAAGGUCGUGAUCCGCAAAGCAUCAAGUUCUUCGCAACCUUCACCCCUAUCCUCGGAAAGACGGACGAGGAGGCACAGCAGAAGUACGAAGAGCUGAAGAAGUACGCGAGCGAGAUUGGUGGGUUGGUUCUCGUAUCGGGCUGGACGGGCAUCGAUCUGAGUCAGUACCCGCCUGACAAGAUUCUAACUGCUGAUGAUGCGACGACGGAUCAUCGAGUCAGGAGUCUGUUGGACCAAUUCACGGUUACGUCGCCUGAGGUGCCGGAGUGGACGCCCAAGGUCAUUGCGGAGAAGGCGUCGAUUGGUGGAUUGGGGCCUGUGAGUGUUGGGAGCCCGGAGACGGUGGCAGAUGAGCUCGAGCGGUGGGUAAGAGAGGCGGAUGUUGAUGGAUUCAAUAUCGGGUACGUCACGACGCCGGGGAGCUUCGAAGAUGUUGUGGAUCUCUUGGUGCCUGUGUUGAGAAAGAGGGGGAUCUACUCACAGCCGGAAGAAGAGGGGUUGACGGCGAGAGAGAAGGUGUACGGGAAGGGACAAGCAGGGUUGAGGGAUGAUCAUACUGGAAGCCAGUACAAGUACGAUGUGUACGACGAGAGCAAGCCUUAG